AAGUGGAGUUCGUACGUUCGUGCGAGCGCGCUAGACGAGGGCAUAAAGAGAGUGCUAGUGGGGCCAGAGCGUUCAGUGUAAGGUCAUGGUUUGUGCAACGCGGUUAGUGGUGCUGCUGUGCCUUUUGGCGGCAGAGGUGAGGCCAGAAUUGGCUUCAUCUGAAAAAUCUGCUGAAGCAGAUAUAAAGGAAGACAAAGUGGUAACUGCUGAAUCGGAGGAAGGCAGAACCAAAAGGCAAAACUUCGGGAAUUUUGGCGGCCAACCUUCUCAGCAAUUCUCCUUCAACAGAGGACCUUUCACCAUAAACCGAGGGUCUCAGUUUAUCUCCAGAGGGCAGCCGGCAUUUGGAGGGCAGAAUUUCCAGCGUCAGCCACCAAGACUGAUUACCAGCCCCGCCCCCUUUCAGAGGCAAAAUACUCCUUUACUCUUGAACAAUGAUCCUCUGGGUCUUUUUCAAAGAAAUUCACGAUUCCAGUCAAACCAAAGGUCCCCACAGACUUUGUCCACUCCACAGCAGAUAAUAGACUUCCAAAGGCAGCAACAAAGACAAGCUCUAGCAGGUAUCAGGGGUAACAAUCAAGGAUUUGGCUUCUCUCGGCCUAAUUUUAGCUCACAGAGUUUCUCAGCGUCCCCAAAUCCAGCUUUUCAGCAGAGAACCCGUCAACAGUUCCGUCCUUCAGUACAAUUAUCCCCACAGCAACCACAGGGUAAUGUAUUCCAACCAACUCAGUUGCGUCAGUUUAAUCCUCAACCAUUCCAGUCACAAGGAAUUAAUUCUAUUCAGCAGCCUCAGGCUCUACAACAGCAACAGUUUCUUCAGCAACAACAACUGCAACAGCAACAGCUGCAAAGACAACAGCAGCAACAGCUGUUACAGCAAUUACUGCAAAGGCAAGAGGCUCUUAAUCAACAGCGUCAACAACAGUUAUUGCAACAACAGCUGCAACAAGACCAGUUAAGGCAGCAAUUAUUGCAGCAGCAAGCACUUCAGAGACAGCCAUCAGCACCAAGAACAAGACAGCAACCUACCACUCAAGGGUCCUUUGGCUCACCAGUACCAACAAGUCAACCAGCCUCGUUUGGAGUACCUUCACAGUCUGCACGUCCACCUGUAGGACCUGCAACAUUUGGAAGGCCUACAGCCAAUGUCCAGCAAUCUUUUAGUUCGCAACCGGUCUCCUUCAACAGCCAGUCUUCCGUUGGUGUUCCACUGCAGUCUAUUCCCACCCAACCGCCACAACCAGCACCCAUUGUAAGACCGACGAGUGCUCCUGCAUCGUUCGGAGUGCAACAAAGACCUAACGCAGGAGUUCUUUUGUCACAAACAAGACCUCAAAACUCUGCGCCUCAGUUCCAGGCUCAAAACUUGGCAGUGUCACAGUUCGGCCCACAGCGAGGUGGCCUGGCAUUCAUCGCAGACGAUGAUUUCACGAUAGAAGACUUCCGCGACGACAGAACCGAUGAGAUUCUGGAUUCCAGGGAGCUGUUCCUGGGCGGGGGACGGCGACAAUUAGGCCUAGGUGCUAACACCGCAAGCUUUUCGCAAUCCUUCUCGCAGAAUCGAGGCCGGGGUGGCUUCGGCAGGACCCGAUCCGGUUUCCAAAUACGGCCGGACAUUACGCGAGAGGACCUUACUCUAGAAGUCAAUUCUAGAGAGUUUUUCGGCGUGAGGAACCCCAUCACCACGGGGGGAUUUCAGCCUAGUUUUGGCGCGCGCAUUCCGAGAGUGACUCAGGAAAUCACUCUCGAAGACCUGACGCAAGAAAACUUUACACGAGAAGAUUUUUUCACCAUAGAAGAUUUCGAUGAUUAAUUUACACUAAGCAUAUGCCAGUAGAUAAUUAAAAUUAUAUUUUAUGUAUUUGUAUUUAUGAGCUUAUUGUGAUAUAACGAAUAAAAAUGUAAUAAACUU